AUGAAGAAUAUAGAAGCAUUUAAAUUGCUGGGGCUUCAGUCAUGGGUUAUCUAUUACAGUUUAGCAGAAAAAUGCCAGACUCCCGAGUCUUGGGAAUUAUUUUUUAUGCAUAAUGAAAUAAGUUUCCGAAAAUCAGAUAGAUAUUUAUUUCUAGAUAAUCAUGGAGUGUUGGAAGGUGGUGUUUCUGAUUUGGAUCGUAAAGCAUCCAAAACAGUUAAGCACAGGAAAAAACAUAGUAGAAGGAAAAGAAAAAGGGACAUCAAUCAUGAUGACAGCGACAAUGAGUUGCUGGAUUUGGGAACCACAAAAAAUAGGCUGGAUUUGCAAUCUAAUGUUGGAAGUUGGUUGCUCUCAAUUGAUGAGUAUUCUGCAUCAUGGAACAGUAUCAGCGACUUUGUCUUUUCACCGAUGGUUGAGAUCAAACCUUUGCAUAAUUUGAUAUAA